UUUCUCCAAUGGAGUUGGCCCUGGUGAAGUGCUUUAUGCUAUGUUUAGUCAUUAUCCUGCUUCGAGGCAAAGGACACAAUGGUUGCAAUAAAGUGGAGAGAAUGGCUCUCUUAGAAUUCAAGUCAUCUCUUUAUAAACCACAACGUCAUGGUCGUAUUCCUAACUUCCUCCUCCCCUCUUGGAUAGAUGAUCCGCAGAGUGAUUGCUGUAGCUGGGAGGGAGUCACGUGCAACCAUACCACAAGUCACGUGAUCGAGCUCUCCUUGGACAACGCUUAUCAUGAUCUUCCCUUUUUCUCGUUGUCGCUAUUGAAUAUGUCCAUGUUCCAGCCACUGAAAGAGCUCAGAAUCCUUAAUUUAUCUUACAAUGGAUUUGAUGCUGGUUCUGAAAGCUUGGCAAGACUGGAAAAGCUAGAGAUUUUGGAUCUUAGCUAUAACAGCUUGGAUGAAAGCAUCAUGCCAUCACUGGGUGGACUCACUUCCCUUAAGAAACUAAUUCUAUCACAAAACGUGUUUGGUAUCUAUCCUAAACAAGGUUUCCCAAAUUUAUCAAAUCUGAGCGGGCUGGAGUAUCUAGAUAUAAGGGGAAAUUACGUUCAGAAAGUCAGUUUCAGGUUAUUGGGUAGACUAUCAUCUCUCAAAUAUCUAGAUCUCUCUUCCAAUUCCUUGGAAGGGCCUCUUCCUCUCCAUGGACUUUGUGCAUUAAAUAGACUUCAGGAGGUAGAUCUCAGUUACAAUAAAUUUGAAGGUUCCCUUCCUCCAUGCCUCCAAAAUUUGACAUCCCUUAGAGUGUUAGAUCUCUCGCAAAACAAGUUCAAUGGAAAUGUUUCGUCAUAUGUGAUAGCUGGUCUGAGGUCCCUCGAAUACAUUGAUCUAAGUCAUAACCAAUUUAUGGGUUCAUUCUCAUUCAGCUCAUUUGGCAAUCAUUCCAAGCUGGACGUAGUAAAAUUCGUAAGUGACAAUGACAAGUUUGAAAUAGAAACUGAAGAUGCAGUUUGGGUUCCAAAUUUUCAAUUGAAGGUCCUUGUACUGUCUAACUGCAAUCUGAACAAGAAAAUUCCUCAGUUUCUUCUUCACCAGUGGCAACUGAAAGUAAUUGAUCUCUCUCACAAUAAGUUGAAAGAAAGAUUUCCUGCUUGGUUACUUGCAAAUAAUACUAGACUUGAAUUCCUGAGUCUCAGGAACAACUCCUUGAUAGGUCAGUUUCACAUACAGGCCUAUCCUUUGGAGAAAGCUAUUCAUGUGGAUCUCUCAGACAAUCAAAUUGAAGGGCAGCUGCAAGAAAAUGUUGGAAAACAAUUUCCUCAUUUAAUAUCUCUUAAUUUAUCCAAAAAUGCUUUUGAAGGUAGUCUUCCUGCUUCCAUUUGUGAUAUUACAAACUUGAAGGAGUUGGACCUUUCUUUCAACAAUUUCUCUGGGGAAGUAGGAUUUACUGCACGUUGCACCAAUUUGGAUGUUUUAGACUUAUCCAACAACAACUUUCAUGGGGAAUUUUUCUCAACUCAUUACCAAUGGAGUGUGUUGGAGGCCUUGCGGUUGAGUGACAACAAAUUUACAGGAAGUCUGACAAAUAUAAAAUCAUUCAAAUCAUUUUCACUGUCUUUAUUUGACAUCAGUAACAAUUACAUGUCAGGGAAGAUUCCCAGAUGGAUUGGUAACUUGACAUGGCUGCAGAUACUUGAUAUGCGGAACAACUCUUUUGAAGGAGAGCUUACUUGUGAGCCAUUUUCUGUUACGUAUUUAGAUCUAUCUCAUAACUUUCUUUCGGGAUCACUACCUUCUUGCUCGAACACAGGAAAUUUAGAGCAAAUACAUCUGCAAGAGAACAACUUCACAGGAUCACUGCCAGAGGCCUUGCUCAAUUCAUCUAAUCUAUUGGCAUUGAAUGUUAGAGAUAACAGGUUGUCUGGAAAAAUUCCCAACAUGAUUGCUGAACUUUCCAAUUUAAGGGUUCUUCUAUUGGGAGGAAACAAUUUGAGUGGCUCUAUUCCAAAGCAAUUGUGUCAGUUGCAAAACAUAAGCUUAAUGGAUCUUUCGAGCAACGCUUUUUCUGGGUCAAUACCCCGCUGCUUCUACAAUAUCACCUUUGGGAAGAUGAGGCCUAAUUAUCAGUCGAUUGCUGAAACGUCAAUUUACCUGCCAUUUUGGACUUGGAUAUAUGUUUAUCCAAAUAAACACUAUGCAGGCACGGAAGAAGGCAUGUUGAAUGGUAGCUCCAUUUUACGAGUUGAAAUUGAGUUUGUCACGAAAAAUAGACGAGGCACCUACAGGGGUGAGAUUCUCAAUUACUUGUCGGGGCUGGACUUAUCAUGCAAUAACCUGAUAGGUGAAAUCCCGCCUGAACUAGGAAAUUUAUCGUGGAUUCAUGCCCUGAAUUUGUCUCACAAUCAAUUGACAGGUCCAGUUCCAAGGACUUUUGCAAAGCUAACUCAAAUAGAAAGCUUGGACCUUUCUCACAACAGUUUGAGUGGAGAAAUACCGUCAGAGCUUACUGAUCUAUUCUUUUUAUCAGUCUUCUCGGUGGCUUACAACAACUUAUCGGGAAGGAUUCCAGAUAUGAAAGCUCAAUUCAGUACCUUCGACAAUAGUAGUUAUGAAGGCAAUCCAUUUUUAUUUGGACCACCAUUACAGAACUGUGAUGGUGAUAAUGGAUUACAUUUGUGGCCAAUAGGGUUGCCACAUGAAGCAGACAGAAAAUGGGAAUUUGAUCUUGUUGGCUAUGGUUUUGGUCGCUGGAUUUUUGUAUUUGGUGGUAUUGGAUAUGGUGUUUAUGUAGGUUGUGAGGACUAG